AUGUAUCUGCAAGUCUUUGCUUUCAUCCUGGCAGUUUCCGGGUGGAUGCUGGUGACCUCCACUCUGGCCAUCGAGUACUGGAAGGUCUACACGCUGGACGGCGUCGUGCUGGCAACCACCACCUACAUGUCCAACCUGUGGAAGAUGUGCGUGGCGGACCUGACCGGGGUCUCCGACUGCAAAGACUUCCCGUCCAUGCUCGCCCUAGACGACACGCUCCACGCCUGCCGGGCGCUGAUCAUCUCCUCGGUGUGCCUGACGUUUUUCGGCAACGGUCUGGCUCUCAUGGGGAUGGAGUGCACCAAGCUGGUGGGGAAGAGGAAGCCCAAGGUGGUGCUAGUUUGGGUCGCCGGUGUGACCUACGCCCUGAGUGGCCUGUGCUCCCUCACCGCCUGCUCGCUGUACGCGCACCAAGUCACCUCCGAGUUCUUCGACCCAAAUUUCAUGGCGCAAAAGUACGACUUUGGAGCCGCGCUCUUCAUCGGCUGGUCGGGCUCCUUCCUCUGCAUCGCCGCAGGGAUCAUCUUGUGCUCCUCUCUGGCCUGCCUGUCCAAGGAACCGUGUGUGAGGAGAUCAGCUCGCAGCUGGGCUCCACAGCCCGGACCACCGUGA